UGGCGUUGUAGUUGCUAACCUCAAAUUUAGGUCACGGGCCACGAAAUCUCGUAAGAUGCUUGCUCUAUUCAUAUACUUUGUCCAGUCUAUUCUAGUUAGUUAAUGCUAGGACCGAUCAUUGCUUAGUUCAACAGCUGGUAUUUUGUUGUCGUGCAAGUUAGAUAUUGACAGAAGAAAUGUUUCGAAAUUUUAUAUUAUUCUUCUAAAAAGAGACAUCUAAGAGAGAGAAAAUCUCUAAUAGCUUAUGGUCAAAAUGGUUAAUACGAAAGACAACGAUAUUAACCAAGGGGUGUUAGACUUAAUAAAUGAUAUUCAUUAUGGGGAUUUGAUAGAUAUAAUUAGGAGAAAUGGAAAAUAUUUAGUAGAAGCUAUUCCCCUUGAAUUUUCUAUUGGAAAUAUGGUUCGUAGAAUAUUACAAAUAAUUAGAGAAGAAUAUAUUUCUGAGUUAAAGAAUAACACUGAAGAAACGGAUACACAAGAAUCUUUACAUAAAAUUCUCACUGCUGAAGGUGAUCAGAAAGUUGAUUUUAACAUUUCCAUGCCUUCUCUAAAGUCAGUUAUCAUUGAGCAUAUUAAUGAAUUUGAAGUUGAUGCAGAAAAUAUUACACAGCAAGCAUCUGAACACAUCCAUGCGAAUGAAAUUAUUAUGACAAUUGGCAAAUCUACAUUAGUAGAAGAGUUUUUCAAGAAAGCUGCUGCAACAAGACCUUUUGAAGUUAUAGUAGCUGAAGGAGGACCAUCAUUAACUGGUCAUGAAAUGGCAGUAAAUCUAUCAAAGGCUAAAAUCAAAACUAUUUUAAUAUCAGACGUGGCAAUUUUUGCAAUGAUGUCGCGAGUGAAUAAAGUAAUAAUUGGUACACACUCUGUCAUGGCAAAUGGAGGAUUGAGAGCUAUUUCAGGUUCACAUACAGUUGCUCAAGCUGCGAAACAUUAUUCUGUCCCAGUAAUGGUCUUAUUACCAUUGUACAAGUUGUCUCCAUUGUAUCUUUAUUCCCAUGAACAGGAUGGUUUUAAUAAUCAUGUCUCACCAUUGCAAGGUGUAAUCGAUGGUGCAAAUAUAUCAUUGUUGGAAAGAAUUCAUGUAUAUAAUCCAGUUUUUGAUUAUGUGCCUCCAGAAUUAGUUACAUUAUUUAUUUCAAAUACGGGUGGAAAUGCUCCAUCAUACAUUUAUAGAUUACUUAGUGAACUGUAUCACCCAGAUGAUUAUGAAUUAUAAUAGAUGAAUUUCAAAACGUGUAUUCUUGUAUAUUUUUUUAUAAAUAAUCAUCGAAUCGUUCAUUUUUCUCAAAAGAAUGUUUUUGAUUUUAAAAAAAGCAGGAAACGAAAAUAAAGAACAUUAACAUUUAAAAAAUAAUUUUUCUAACAGAAAUGUUUACUUAUACAUUAAGAUAUAUAUACAAGUAAAUACAAACCUAUUUUUACAAAAAGUAUCUGGGUAAUCUCGUAAAUUCGAAAUUAUUAAAUAUUUAUUUAAAAAAGGAUAUCACAAAACAUUGAAUCUUAUUUUACAUAUUUGGAAUUUGGUUUUUAUGCUUGGUAUAUUAUACAUAAGGAUUCCAAUUGCUGCCAUCUUCAGGUUGUAAAGAACCUGUGACUAGCAGAAUUACGUCGAAAAUCCACCAUACUCCCACUCCUCCUAAUGUUAACAACUUGCCAACAGCAGUGCCAGUUUGUCCUAAACAAAACCGAUCCAUACCCAAGAACCCUAAUAGAAUGCUAUAUAAUAAAGUGGUAGCAAAAUAAUGAUCACUGUAUUUUAUGCAAGGAAUUCCUUCACGAGUAAAUGUCCUGGGUCCGUAACACUCGAUAUAUGGUAAUACAGUACACGACACUUUAGUUUUUUCAACAUCCUCAUAUCUGGAGCCUCCAAACUUUAAAAAGAAAUUUGCACAUUACCAGUGGACCUUCAGGUCUGUACUCUUGUUGAAUGUCUGUAGUAUUGUUUAUUAACGUAAUUCCUGAACAUAUUCGUAAAUGCCACGAGAGGUAAAUCAAAAGCAGAACAGAGUAUUGUAACCUCAUCUUGCCGAGUCUGACAUGUUUAAAUGCACUUCUGUUGUUCAAAGUUUGCCAGACACACCGACAAAUUAUAUAUUUUCAACCGUGUCAGUUGCAUUAAACGAGAGAUGUAAUUGUGUGCGAAAAUCAUUCUAUUGGAUCUAGGAUGUUCCGUCCCGAUCGGAAUCGACUAAUGAAAACGUGCUGCAGAUUACGCCCGCCAAUGACAACGUGCUUUCCCUUGUCGCCUAUAGUGACUUUUAAAGACGCGCAGUGAUUUUGGAAUCAUUCGGUCGUCCGCUCUGAAAGAAUUUAGUUUUGUCAAGAAACAGACGUAUGAUUCGUGUUCGGUGGAAGGUGCACACAGUGGUUGAGCCACGGUAAACAAAGUGAUUUUGUUUGCAUCGCAUAUCCGUAACUUGUUUCGAAGCAGUACACUUCGCAGUACACUUCAAUUGGGAAUCUGCGUAUAUGUACGGAAAUAUGCGUGAAAGAGAGGAAUUUUGUCGAAGUUUCCCACCGGGACAACCGAUCCAGGCACCGACGGCACGAGCUCUAGGCCUCGAUGCUUUGCACAAUCUUUGUAAAGAGAUCUAUCCGGAUCAAAGCAAUCCUCUCACUGUCACCGCUGUUGUAAAAUACUGCUUGGGCUUAUCGGAUUUGCACGGGGAUGGACGAAUACAUCCAAAAAGUGAUCCAGGUCGUCCAAGUGGUUUUGGAUUUGAGCUAACAUUUAGAUUAGUCAGAGAAAGAAACGAGAUGACACCUCCCACGUGGCCGGCAAAUGUUAUGCAACAAUUAGCAAAAUACGUUUUCAAUUCUGGUAACAUGUUGUUACCUGGCGACCAUGUUUCAUGGCAUGCACCUUUGGAUAAUGGAAAUGGUCGUAUCACGCAAAUUUUAAUGGCCAGAGAUCCACUGUUACCAGCAUCCAUAUCUACACCACACGGUGAUGUUUCAUUUGUUCAAAUUGUAGGAGUUACUUCUGAAGAGCUACAAGCUGCACAACACUGGAAUGGUUUAGGUCUUGUAAAUUUACUAAAGUCUAGUCGUGGUUGUGGGCCAUGGUUGGUAACAGAUAUGAGAAGGAUCUACUCUGUUAUGGAAGAUGAUCCCUCCAUAGCAGAGAAAAUAGAGACUGGUAUAGAAAAGGAGGGUUCUAAUUUAAGUGGUGUAUCUGCAAAAUGUUGGUGGGUUCAAGUGAACAGUGACAAAAGUACAGAAAAAUAUAGAGAGAUAAGAAAUGAAUCGGAUGAAGAAGACGAAGAUAUAAAGCCAGUUAUAAAGUCAGAAAGAUUGUCCCCUUGUGAGCAAGAUACAAAUGUACCAAACGAAAAUUUUGUCAGGGUUUUGCCAGGUCUUCAUUUGACAUUUAAUCUCGAAGCUGGAUCUUUGUUACCAUUAGCAAUAAAGGGCCGUGUCAUGCACGGAAGGCAUUUUACAUUUAAAUCAAUAUUGUCUCAUACAGCAAUAACAAUAGUUGCUCCCUCAGUCACUGGUACUCUAGUGUCUAGGGAAAAACCGUAUGUAGUUCAGGGACCAUGGUUGCAAGUUUUGCUUCCAGAAGAUUUGACUGAAAGGAUGGCUCAAGAGUUUCAAGUUUUAAAUUCACCAAGUCAGAUUCAAUUGCCGAAGACAUUUUCCUGGCCCGAACAUAAACUAGUUAUUACGGUUGUAAACGACUGAGAAAAUUAACCUAGUGCUAUUAAAAAUAUAGUUAAACUGAAUUAGGAUAAAUUGACGUAAGCAAAGUAUUAUUUACUCUCGUUACAAAAGCGAAUUUGGACGAUAUUAUUUAUAAUCAAAUUACGUCUGUGCGGUAAUCGAAUAAACGAUAAGACUUAUAAGACUUUACCUUAUCAAUGUGUGAAAGAAGAGAUAGGUUAUGAUAUUUCUUCAGUAGUAAGAAAUGAAAGAUAGAAUGCAUUUUACAGGGGAAAAUUUUUAUACAUCUCUCUCUUUUACAAAUUGAUGUGAAUUGUUAAAAAAAUUAAUAUUUAAUUGUGUACAUAAUAGAAUACAAAGUGUAAUUUUGUGUCCAAUAUACAAAUUUACACAUUGUUAUUUUAUAUAGAGAUCAGUUUUGUAAAUAGAGAACGUUGCUAAUCUCCUGGCACUGUGUCUGCCAGGAUUCUAUACCAAUUUUUACGAGAAUGAGAUAUGUACGAUACAACGAUAAAUAUAAGGAAUUAUAUUUAUAAGAAAAUAUAUUUUAUUUUCUACAAUUUUCUUGGUACAGAUUUUAUAUAUUGCACGCAUUAGAUGUGUGAUCAACUCCUUUUUACAUCUGCGAGACAGAAAGAAUAUUAGCAUUUAUUAACGUGUAAUUAAUUUUUAUGUUUUUCAAUAAUCCUAACGUAAAAAAAUGAUCAUUUUAAAUUUGUAAACCUUGUUUUUUGAAUUUGAAUGGAUGUUCUCUUUGCAUCGCAAUUGAUGUGCAUAUUUAAUUUCUCUUUCUUUUUUAAAUCUUUAUCUUUUUAUUUCCUAAUUGUUGAAUUCCUGUUUAAGGUUGGUCCGAGGUCGUUUCCGUCGAUUUAUCCUUUUCCCUGGUCUCCUCUGCGCCGGGCAAACUCCUAGUUCCAGUCUCUCCGCGUUAUUAUUGUUGUUUACGUUGGAACUCGCGUGUCGUGGAUUAACGAACGCAGCUAUUCGAGAAUUCUGAGAAAUACGU